AUGCUUAAGCAAUCUAUAAAUCAUAUAAUGAGUAAAAAGGUGAUGGAUAGAUAUAUACGAUUACCUGUACCUUGCAAUAAAGUGCUAGCAACAUAUUGUUGGAUAGAUGGAUCGGCAAUAAAUAUGAGAUGCAAAGAUAGGAUUUUAAAUUGUACUCCUUAUGCAGCUGAUGCUGCUCCAGGAUGGGCUUUUGAUGGCAGUUCUACAGGUCAGGCCACAACAGACAAUUCUGAUACUUCCUUAAAACCAGCAGCUGUUUAUAAAGAUCCAUUUAGAUUGGAACCCCACGUGCUAGUUCUUAGUGAGGUGUAUAUGGGCGAUGGCUCUCCAGCUAAGACUAACCAUAGAAAAUUUUGCAAUGAUCUAUGUGAAUUUCACAAGGCCGAGGAGCCAUGGUUUGGUCUAGAACAAGAAUAUACUAUGCUAGACAUGGAUGGAUGGGGCUUGGGUUGGCCUAAAGGUGGUGGUUUUCCAGCAGUGAAUUAUGAAUUUUCUUAUUGCGGUGUUGGGGCCAAAUACAUAGCAGGAAGAGAUAUUGCUGAAGCCCAUACUAAGAGUUGCCUGUAUGCAGGAUGUGAUUUUGAGGGUACUAAUGCUGAAGUAAUGUUUGCUUGUUGGGAAUGGCAAAUCGGUACAACAAUAGGCAUUAAAGCUCCUGACGAUAUGUGGAUGUCAAGAUAUAUUAUGUCUAGAGUAUCUGAAGAUUAUGGAGUUGUUGUUACGUACCAUCCAAAACCCAUGGGACCUAAACACCCAGGCGUCGGUAUGCAUCAUAACUUUAGUACAAAGAAAAUGCGCUCAGAUGGCGGCUACCAAUUUAUUUUGGAAUGCAUUAAGAGACUUGAAAAAAAUCAUAUGAAACAUAUGGUGAAUUAUGGUAACGAUGAACAAACUAAUCGUAUGCGUUUGUCGGGUAAAUUUGAAACCGCGCCUUUCGAUAAGUUUUCAUGGGGUAUAGCGAAUAGAAAAUCAUCUAUUCGUCUGCAAAGAAAUAUUGACAAGAAAGGCAAAGGUUUCAUGGAAGAUCGGCGACCUGCUGGAGAUUGCGAUCCUUAUCUGGUUUGUGGAUUGUUAAUGGAUACGUGCUUGGGCCCAGCUGGUGGUGGAAGCAAAUGCAAG